AUGUCUCAGGAGAAUGACGCAUUGAAGAAAGAGACCUUGGGCGAUGAGAUCGCUGCCAUGAGGCUACAGAAGCUAGAACAGCAGCGGCUUCUAUUUGAGAAGAAGCGACGACGGAAGCGCCAGGAACCUCUCAUGGUUCAGGCCAAUCCUGAUUCUUUGUUGCGGCACCCGCGGCUGCGGAGAUGGGAGGAGCGUUUCCAGGGUGACAGCGGUUUUGGAAACCCUUUUCUUCAGGAGAGCGUGCCAGAGGCGCAUCUGGCCUCUGGUGCCCACCGUGCCCCUGGCACCGUGAGUGGUGGUGGAGAUUGCAGCGGAGAUGGUGGCCUGCUGGCAUCCCAGACACAUACAGACAGUACAGAUUCCGAGCUGGAGGAAGUCUACGUGGAGGACAUUCCUGUGUUCCCCCUGCCUUAUAAGCAGCCACCCAGAACUCGACGAAGGGGCUGGCUAGCCCGCCAACGACGUGGAGUCAGCGAAGAGGAGAGUGAAUCCCAGGAUAUUGGAGAUGAAUCCAAGGUGCCCAGUCUGAAACCAGCCCUUGGAAUAGAUACAGAUGGAGGACAAGGAGACAUGUCAUUCUGCCAGGGAGAAAACCUGGAAGAGAACGAAUUUGAGCCUGCAGAGACAAACUUCCCAGAAACCAUCAACAAAGAGGAGCCCAGCGCCCCCAAAGUCGAGGAUGGCAAGGACGGUUUCAACCUGGGCAGCACCAAAGACCUGCCACCCUGUGCCCCUGGCCCUCAGCUGGGAGAGGACAUGAUGGCAUAUGUCCUUCGGCCGGCCAUGGUCGGUCACAUCGUGCAGUGUCUCAUCCAUCGCAACAAGCAUGGCAUGGACAAGACCUUAUACCCCACCUACCAGGUGUACCUGGAGGCGGCUGAUGGCGGCAAGCGCUUCCUCUUGGCUGGGAGAAAGAGGAAAAGGAGUAAAACUUCGAAUUAUCUCAUCUCCAUGGACCCCACAGACAUGUCUCGAGAUGGGGUCAACUUUGUGGGCAAAGUCAGAUCUAAUGUCUUGGGUACUAAAUUCACCAUCUUUAACAAUGGAGUGAAUCCGGACCGGAAGCAUUUUAUCCCCUCAAUGUCACAGAUUAGAGAGGAGCUGGGGGCUGUGUGUUAUGAGACCAACGUCUUGGGAUUCCGGGGGCCUCGGAAAAUGGCUGUAAUCCUCCCAGGAAUAGACAGGCGGAACCAGAGAAUUAAGGUCCAGCCACAAAAUGAACAAGAGACUCUCCUGAGUCGUGUCCAACAGGGGGACAAUGAAGGGCUGAUUCUGCUGCAAAACAAACCCCCUAUGUGGAACGAAAAUGAUGGUGCCUACGUGCUUGAUUUCCAUGGUCGGGUUACUCAGGCUUCCAUAAAGAACUUCCAAAUCAUACUUCCGAAUGACCCGGACUACCUGGUGCUCCAGUUUGGCCGUGUGGCCUCAGACACAUUCACCAUGGAUUUCCGCUACCCACUUUGCCCCCUCCAAGCUUUUGCUAUCUGCUUAUCCAGUUUCGAUGGGAAGCUGGCUUGUGAGUAAUUC